UUUUCUCUUUUGCUUUUUUCCUUCUGGCUUCUGCAAAGUGUGAAAGUUCAGAAACUCGGAUUUUCUCAGAAAACUCUCUCUCUCUCUCUCUGUCUCUCUCUCUCCACAAAUAGUGUUUUUUUGUUUUCUAUUUUUCAGUAUUUUAUCAGAAAACUCGGAGGGUCUAUGUUUCUUCCAUAGAUUUCAGAGGGGAAUGUAUUAGCUCCUCUCCAUCAAAGCCCUUCUUUUAUUUACAUCUCAAAACAUUCCUCAUCAAAUUUCCACCCAAAAUCAGCUCCUUCUCAUACCAAAACAUAUAUAUAUAUAUAUAUAAAUGAUAUAAUAUUUGGGUUUCUUCAGGCUUGCUUGAUAGUUCUCUACAAUGUCUGAAACUGCAAAAGUUCGUUUGGUUCGUUGCCCAAAGUGCGAAAACCUUCUACCAGAGCUUACCAAUUACUCUGUUUAUCAGUGUGGUGGAUGUGGUGCUGUUCUUCGAGCAAAUAAAAGAGUUGCCGAGGCAGAAACAUCCUCAGACAAAUCUGAUGACGGAAAGAUUGGAGGGGUUUCAGAGAAAAUCUCCAAAAAUCCAGAAAAUUUCAAUUAUUCAGAGAAAGGAAUGGUGAAUUUUAGUGAUGGGUCGGAGCAUGAUGCUAAGUCAAAUGGUAGUUCUUCAAGUAGAGCCGAAAAUAGGGAGGUUUUGAGUGAUAGGGUUGAGAAAUAUAGAAAUGGUUCCAAGAUUAAAGCUGAUACUUGGGUUGUUGAGAAUGAUAUUGAGACGAAUGAGAAUUUUGAGAAUGAUAUUGAGACGAAUGAGAAUUUAGAUGAUUUCAAUCAUUCGAAAAUGGGAAGAGAAGUUGAGGACUUAAAACCCCCAAAGAGCAAUGCAAAUGGGUUUCAAAGAUCAGUUAGAACUUCUGAUCGGAGGAUUAGGGAGAGAGAUGAGAUGGAGGGGUUCUGGAGGAACCCAAGAAUGGAUUAUGAAGGUGUGAGAUAUUCAACUUCAAAGUAUUCACAAGAGGGUCCAUCUAAUUACCAAUUGGGCUCCGGUUAUGGUUAUGGAGAGCCAGUGAAGAACCGGAAUGAAAUGGAUGGGAAUAAUAAGGUUGAGUAUCUUGAACAAGAUCGAGCUGAGCUUCUAAGGAAGUUGGAUGAGCUUAAGGAUCAACUUAGUCGAUCUUGUGACGUGAAUGACAAACCUAAAGAAAAGAUUCCCCUUGAUCGAAGAAUGGUUCACCAGGAUCCUUAUGGUGCUUCUGAGGCUUGGUUUCCUGAUGGCUCUUUGGGGGCAAAUCGGGCUUCGAUGCAAUACCCCAUACCUGACAGACAUGUUGCAAGACGGACUCGUCAUAUCAGUAAUUAUCCUGAGCCAUCUCCUUUUACAAAUACGCAUGAAAUGGCCAUGCAUAGCUUUUAUCCUCCUAUGCAUACUUCAAGUCAAGUUCAAGGAAUGGAUCCUGUUAGGUCCCAAAUGCUGAGGAGAGCUCCGCACCAACCAUCCAUUCCACUCCAACAACAUCCAUCUCAUCCAUACUAUUCUGGACAUUACAUGGAUAAUGAUAUGGAUCCAUUUGAACCAUACCCACAUAACAUAAACCUUCACUUGCCUUCUUGUUCUUGUUUCCAUUGCUACAACAAACGUCCACAAGUUCCAGCACCCAUCCCACCCCCUGCUUUCUACAAUAAAAUGUACCCCGACAUUCCAAACAAUCCCAUGUUCUACCAUCACGAAAAUCCUAAUGUAUUUGGUCCACGUGAUUAUAAUCCUAGAACUACCAAUCCUCAGAUGCAUUCUCAUAAUCCACAGUCCCACACAAGAUGGCCCAGUGACCUUAACUCUGAAGUGGGUGGCUUUGUUCGUCGCCGCACUCCAAGGGUGGUGCUGGCUACUGGUGCACGCCAUUGCUGCCCUAUAGCUGGUGGUGCUCCAUUUAUCACAUGUAACAAUUGUUUUGAAUUGCUGCAACUGCCUAAAAAAGUUUUGUUUGUGGAGAAGAAUCAAAAGAAAAUACGAUGUGGAGCAUGCUCUACAGUCAUCCUUUUUGCUGUAGUCAACAAGAAACUUAUUGUUUCUAUUAAUGCAGAAACAAAGAGAAGUCCAACAAAGGUUGAUGAUAGCACUGAUGUGGCAGUGAAUGGAGGUACUUCAAAUUACCAUGGCCAUGUGAACCGUCCUAGCAUGAAUUUUUCCUCUGAUGACUAUGAUAAUUCCGGGUAUGAUUUUCAGUCAAUGGAUAGAGAACCAACAUCACUGUCAACAGGCCAGGGUUUGAGCUCAAACAAGACAGUGGACAUGAGGAGCCUUCACUCUACAUCUCCCUGUACUUCUGAGGAUGAGGCUAGCCCUGACAGCCUGAUUGCUACAAGAGACAGGAGCAAUUCUGCUGAGCUGCCCAUGAAAGCCUAUUUGUCUCCACCUCUGUCAGGUUCACCACUUCAGGAUCAUUUUGAUUACUCUUCUAAGUAUCGGGCAGUGGACCGAAUUGGGAAGGGAAGCGUAAGUGGACGCUCUGAACGAGAGAAGAUUAUGCCAAAAAAGGUUGCCUCACGCCAAAAUUCUGUGAAAGAGUCAUCACUGGCAACUGAGAUGGAGGUAUCAUUUAAUGAGUACUCUAAUACUGGGGUGUCCCAAGAUUCAGGGGAUGGAAGCAGAGAAGAUCAACUGAGAGUAAACAAAGGGGCUGAAUCAUUCUUUGCUGGCAUUAUUAAGAAGAGUUUUAGAGACUUUUCGAGAUCUAAUCGAACUGUUGAUAUUAGCAAGUCGAACGUUACAAUUAAUGGGCAUCCUAUCCCAGACCGGUUGGUUAAGAAGGCUGAAAAGCUGGCGGGUUCAAUUCAUCCUGGACAAUACUGGUAUGAUUCUCGAGCUGGAUUCUGGGGUGUGAUGGGUGGGCCUUGUAUCGGCAUUGUUCCUCCGUUUAUUGAAGAAUUUAAUUAUCCAAUGCCGGAGAAUUGUGCCGGUGGAGAUACUGCUGUUUUUGUGAAUGGAAGGGAGCUUCACCAAAAGGAUUUGCAGUUGCUUGGUAGUAGAGGGCUCCCAACUGCCAGAGAUAGAUCUUACAUUAUUGAGAUUUCUGGGAGAGUAUUGGAUGAGGCCUCUGGUGAAGAGCUUGAUAGCCUUGGAAAGCUUGCCCCAACAGUUGAAAGAGUAAAGCAUGGGUUUGGCAUGAAAGUUCCAAGACCAGCUGCUACUAGCUAAUGAACUUGUAGGGACCAGAAGCUCUCCACCAUUUCAUCUGAAGCACGAAGUAUCUCUAAGCCGUGCCCUCCAGAGUUCAAAAACAUCCUCAUGACAGAUUUAUAGAAAGAAAAUCUGGUGAUACAGAACUUUUCUUGAUCAAUGAUGACAAAUGAUAUUGGAUGGUUGGUAUGUCUUUGAUGUCUCAAGCUUUUUCUUUAUAUGUUUGGUUGUCAAAAUGCACAUUCAAAGUGAAUCUGUGCUAUAUUAUACAUUUGUUGUAUAUGUGACUGGAUCUGACCUUUAGCUUUUUGUAUAAUUUGUGGUUUUCUUCUUAUUAGUAGAUGGGCUUUGUUUC